CAUAUGACAUGUCAGGUUGCUAAGUUAGCUAGUUAGCUAGCUUUACUUAGCGGACCAAAUGAUGCGGCCGGCGGAAAACCCCGGUUUGGUGCGUGCCAGCGAUAAAACGACCAUGGCUUUAGGGAGAUGAAUCAGCUAUGUUGGAAAAUCUAAAGACAGCCCCGGAGUCAGACGACAGGAAAUCGCCCCCCCUGCCAUGGCAGCUGGUGUCAGCGUACUGAGUGACCUGCCUUACUCCAUGACUGGAGCCCGCAGUGGAGAGGUCAGCACAGAGAUGGAGACAGCCAAUGCGAGGGUCCCCACAGCAAAGUACACCAAGAUGGGGGAGACCUUGAGGCACGUCAUCCCCGGUCACAUGCAGUGCUCCAUGGCCUGUGGAGGGAAAGCCUGUAAAUAUGAAAACCCCUCUCGCUGGAGUGAUGAGGAGCAAGCUAUCAAAGGACUCUACUCGUCCUGGAUUACUGACAACUUGCUAGCUAUGGCAAGGCCUUCCACUGAAAUCAUAGAGAAGUUUAACAUAAUUGAGCAGUUUCAAAGGUGUGGUUUGAAGACAGUCAUUAACCUGCAGCGGCCGGGAGAACACGCCAGCUGUGGUAACCCACUGGAGCAGGAGAGUGGUUUCACUUAUAGACCUGAAACUUUCAUGGAGGCAGGCAUCUAUUACUACAACUUUGGCUGGAAGGACUAUGGUGUGGCAUCUCUGACUACAAUCCUCGACAUGGUGAAAGUUAUGUCAUUUGCUGUCCAAGAGGGUAAACUGGCCGUCCACUGCCAUGCUGGUCUUGGAAGAACAGGUGUGUUGUUGGCCUGCUACUUGGUCUUCACAUCCCGGAUGAGUGCUGACCAAGCCAUCCUGUUUGUGCGAGCUAAGAGACCCAACUCCAUCCAGACCAGAGGCCAACUGCUGUGUGUCAGGGAGUUUGCCCAGUUCCUGGUCCCUCUCCGAAGCGUCUUCUCCUGUGCAGAACCCAAAGCGAGUGCCGUCACCUUGUCCCAGUACCUCACCAGGCAGCGCCACCUGCUGCACGGCUAUGAGGCUCGGCAGAUGAAGAAUGUGCCAAAAAUCGUCCAGCUGGUGUGCAGGCUCCUGAUCGACAUUGCAGCCAACAGACAAGUGGUGAUUGAGGAGGAGUGGCUGGAGAUCCCUGACCUCACAGCAGAGGUGGAGAAGACCGUGUCCCAGCAGGCCCUUCAGCAGCUGGGGAAGGAGAUGAGAGGGAAGGGGAUUCCUGUCCCUCCUUGUUUAUCUCGUCCUCUCAGCCCACCAGCUCUGGAGUCUGCACCUUGUCACGACCAGCCUCUAUCCAGUGACAAUGACCUUGAUCCUCUGUGGAGGCAGCAGAAUGUAGAAAGCCCUCUAAGAUCUUCUCUGUCUAACAACAGGAGACUCAGCUACAGUGAUUCUGUCCUUCACAAACUUGGAUCAUGGCAGCAGCAUUUAGGACAUCUGAAGAGCACCAAACCAGUCAGCUGCCUGAUCAAACAUUCCUUGUCUCACAGCAGCCUUGCACCCCCCAGGUUUUGGGAACUGUCUCCUCAGGACAUUAACAGCAGCGUUCAGGACCCAAACACAGAAGCAAAGCAAGACACUGGGUCUCCUUUUUCAAAAAAGCAGCUACAUAAAGGGUAUCAGAGUCUGUCUUUAGAUCUGUCAGAGCAAGGAAGGAAAUCCCACUGUAAUGCCAUACUGCCAGCCUUAUCAACCAGGAGCAGACAGGUAACCACCGAGGGGCAGCCAAAUGUGGAUGUGUCAGUGGGUGGAGCAGAGAGAGGGGACGUCUCGGAGGUUCCCUUCAUCACCCUCCAGUCUGAGCUCUCUCCAGAGAGCAGGCGCAUGCUGGUGGCCAAAGCUCUGGCCAUGGACAUAACAGACAAAGAUCUCACCUCCAAAGUCUCAGUGUGGCAGACAGAGCUCAACUCCAGAGAGGGGGCGUGGGAGAGGCUGUGUAUGGAGAGAGAUCCUCUGGUGCUCUCCAGUCUGAUGUGGUCAUGGCUGGAGCAGCUCAAGGAUCCAGUCAUCAGCAGCGAGGAUAUAAAAGCUCUCAGUGGGAAGAACGUAAACCCACAGAAUGCCCUCGACUCACUGGAAAAGGGUCAUAGGCUCACUUUGCUCUGUAUCCUGGACUGUGCUGCUCGUCUCCUGCCGAUGCCUGAAGAAGCGGAGACGAGUUUUCUCAACCAAACAAUCAAAGUGUUUACUAAGGUGAGUGUUAACACAAGCUGUGUAUUGAAUAGAUGUGUAUUUGGUUUUCAUGAAUUAUUCGUGUGUUUGAUCUCCAGAUUGACCCUGCCUCAGAGAAGAAUGAGUCUUUGUACAUGACUCUGAAAGCAAUCCUGACUCCCAUUCUUCAUGAGCUGCGUGACAAAGCUGUGGAAGUGAACGAAGACUGCUGAUCCAGCCUCAGCGUGAUCGCUCUGACAAGAGGAGGACUUACAGAUGGGUUUCCACUCUAAUGUUUGGGCAUUACUCUAUUUAAAGCCAGUUCAUUACAUCAGAUUCUGUUCAGAUCUGCCAAUCUUAUGUCUUUCAGGAUUGUAACAGUCAGUAAGAUUUGUAACUUGAAGGUUUAGGAUUUUGUUGUUCUGUUAAGCGCUUAAUAGACUCUAAGCACUGCCAUUUUUUUGUGUUAAUGUGCCACCGUGCUCGGUUUGAAAGCAUUUGUUCAUCAUCUGUUCUACUGUAAUAUUUGUGAGGCACUUGAUGUUGCUUUUAUUAUAUACCUGUUAGUUGGUAGGAAAUGACUGAGAAACAUUCUCACGAUGUUAAUGUAAUGUUAUUUAAAUGUGGGACUCAGCUGUCAAAGCUGAUGGGGCGUGGGGGUCUUAUUUAAACCAAAAGAUGUUUUUACACUGUGCAGAUGCUAUAACGUGUCUUAUUUAUUCAGAUCUUAUUUGUAACUCAGACGUUUGUUUAAUAACCUGUUGACAAGUUGCGAGGUUGCUUGGUUCCUGUAGGAUGUAAGCUGUGUUUCUUAGAGUCAAAUGCAAACUCUGGCUAUUGUUAUGGCAAUGCAAACUCAACAGGCCACACUGCAUUUGCUUUCCCAAUCAAUUCUAUGUCCUUAAUACUGUGUGCAACAAAAACCUCUCACUGCACUGUUCUGUUGUACAUGCAUUUGUUAAACAUCAAUCUGCCUCCACUCUUGCAUUCAGCAACAUGCCGUCUGCCUCAACUGAAAUGACCUCUGUCUGGACUCUGUCCGUGUGUGUGUGCGCAUGCUUGUUAUCUCUGUAGGACCUUUUCAUGUGUAAACACUGACCUGGAUGUGGGACUAGUAGUCCUCAUGGAGACCAAAGCCCAGACCUAAUGGGGCAAAACCUCAUAUCUGAGGUCCUGGUCAAGGUUAGGGGGUAAGGUUAGGGUUAGGCUGUCCUCAGAGAAUGGAAGUCAGGGCAAUGUCCUUACAAGUAUACCUGCUCAAACGUGUGUGUGUAUGAGUGUAGCUAUUGAGACAAGUCCGCCUCUCACCUCAUAUGUCUCAUGUGUGGAAACAAUGUAAUGUAGAGCUGCUGACGUGUGAUGAUAAUAAUAUGAAGGACAUGAGACUUACUGUGGGGAAUAUUCAACAAGCACUAUUUUUUCAUUGUGACAGCAGGCUACUACUUACAGAAUUAAACACA